GAAAAAAAAACCUGGUGUUCGAGAGCAGUACGCAAUAGUCUCACAGUAAGUCACCGACAUGACGCGCCGGAGCGCCUUUGCGCAAGUAGGAUGUGCACAGUUCGCGAAUAAUUACACUAACCAGCAAUAUUUCGGAGCAAAAAUAACUAUGCUAUAGUGUUUCCUGCACUCACAUUUUGGAUACGAGCAGGCCCGCGCGGUGAGACUGGACUGAGAGAACAGAAGCCACGUUCUUCAGAGACGCAGCCAUGGAGGAGCAGCGGGAUGUGAACAGCACGGACAGCAGCGAGGGGGAGAGCGGCUCCCCGUCUCCCAGCCUGCCCUCGCCGCCCACACUGCCUCUGCAGGCCGCCCAGCAGGCCCACAGAACCACUAACUUCUUCAUUGACAACAUUCUGCGACCGGACUUCGGCUGUAAGAAGGAGCACGGCCCGGGCGCGCGGGAGAGGGCGCACACGUCCGGCCGGGAGCGCGUCCACUCUCUCGUCAGCAGGCCAAGCCUCCCCGGGACCCCGUGCCAGGACUCGAACUGCAGCAGUGACAGCAGCUCGUCCUCCACCUCCUCCUCCAUCUCUCUGGCGAGUCCCAAGAAGAGCAACGGCGGCUGCGAAGGAGCCACAGCCGCCGUCUCCACCGGGAGCAGCGGCGUGAAAGCCGAGGAGAGGAGCGGAGGAGCGACCGCAGAAAACAACUCCUCCUCGCGCGUGGUGUUGAACGGCACCGGGGCGCCCACACCGGAGAGUCAGCCGCUGCUGUGGCCGGCCUGGGUCUACUGCACCCGGUACUCCGACAGGCCCUCAUCUGGCCCAAGGACACGGAAACUGAAAAAGUCGAAAAGCGGCAAAGAGGACAAGCGGCCGCGCACGGCCUUCACGGCCGAGCAGCUGCAGAGGCUGAAGACGGAGUUCCAGGUGAACCGCUACAUCACGGAGCAGCGGCGGCAGGCCCUGGCCCAGGAGCUGGGCCUGAACGAGUCCCAGAUCAAGAUCUGGUUCCAGAACAAGCGGGCCAAGAUCAAGAAGGCCAGCGGCUUCAAGAACGGGCUCGCACUGCAGCUGAUGGCGCAGGGACUGUACAACCACUCCACCACCACCGUGCAGGAGGACAAGGAGGAGGACAGCGACUGAGGGGCCCCGCGCCCGGGACUCUGUAAAUACAUAGUAUCUAAUUUAAUGAUGGAGAGGGGACAGGGGGCUCUUCAUCACAGCGCGGCGUUUCUCCUCUUCCUCCGCGGACGCGACGGAGCAGACGCGGACACGUCGAGACUCUCGGAGCGACCUGCCGCCGCCAAACCAAAGAUGUUACUGGAAACCACAGCCUGGACACACGCGCGCGCACACACACACACACACACACACACACACGGGGCUGCUGUUCCACCUUCAUGAGUCUCUUUUACAGUUUGGCCUUCAGGAAUACCAUAGGAAUAUUACAGAAAUACUGCGAGCCCGAGGUCUUGGCCUGGCCUGGUAUUUAGUAUUUAAUUUAUUAUUUUUUGUAUUAAUGUAUUGUUUCGGGUGGGCAGGGGGCUUUGAGGUUUUUAUACGUUUAAAAUGAACCAACCAGAAUUGAAUUGUACAGUAUAUUUGGAUUCUAGUAUUUUAAAAUGCGAAAAAAAUGUUUCAUUGUAUAUUUCAACAUUUAUUUUCAGACCUUUAAAUGAGCUAAAAUAAAUUCAUUCAAAAUUCAGACGACACAAUACAGAUGAAUACAGAUGAAUAACGAACACAACGAAUAACAACGAUCCAAAUAUUCGGAGAGAACGAAGGAAACGGCUCCACGUGGCCCCGCCCCUCACCACGAGCAUUACGCGUGGAUUAGUUGUCGUGAUGACAACACAUUGUUCAGUGCGCAUCGUCCACACUUAGGGCUACAGUGUGAGCUCGACUACAGCACACUGUAAGAAAUCAAUCCACACGUCGCAGGUCAUCACAAGUAACAAUAAUAAUAAUAAUGAUAACAUUAUCCCCACAAGAACAAGUCACUAUCAUAUUCCUAUCAUCUUCUGUUUGUGUCACACUCAAUGAACUGGAAGUUCUCUCUCACACACACACACACACAUAUAUAUAUAUAUAUAUAUAUAUAUAUAUAUAUA